CAAGCGCGAGUUGCGAGAGCAGGGUGAGCGGGCGCACUGACCAUGGCCUCCAAGUGCCCCAAGUGUGACAAGACCGUGUACUUUGCUGAGAAGGUGAGCUCCUUGGGCAAGGACUGGCACAAAUUCUGCCUCAAAUGUGAGCGCUGCAACAAGACAUUGACGCCAGGUGGCCAUGCUGAGCAUGACGGGAAACCCUUCUGCCACAAGCCGUGCUACGCCACACUGUUUGGGCCCAAAGGUGUGAACAUCGGUGGAGCCGGUUCCUACAUCUAUGAGAAGCCCUCAGCAGAGGGACCCCAGGUCUCUGGUCCUACUGAGGUCCCUGUGGCCCAUGCUGAGGAUCGGAAGGCUAGUGCCCCACCCAAGGGGCCUAGCAAAGCUUCCAGCGUCACAACUUUCACUGGUGAACCCAACAUGUGUCCUCGCUGCAACAAGAGGGUCUACUUUGCCGAGAAGGUGACAUCUCUGGGCAAGGACUGGCACCGGCCAUGCCUGCGCUGUGAGCGCUGCGGAAAGACACUGACCCCUGGGGGGCACGCGGAGCACGAUGGCCAGCCCUACUGCCACAAGCCCUGCUACGGAAUUCUCUUUGGACCCAAGGGCGUGAACACAGGGGCUGUAGGGAGCUACAUCUAUGACCGGGACCCCGAAGGCAAAAUUCAGCCCUAAGUGUGACCACCUGCUACUGCCCUGCCUGCUGGCCCACCGCCCUGCUCCCUGGGGCUGCCCGGUGAGGGCUGCCUACAGAUCAAUGCACCAGAGUUGUGAAGGACCCCGCCCCCAUGCUAUCUACCAACAAGGCCCAUGUAUCCCCGUUAUCUGUCACCCCUAGUCCCUAUGUAUCACCCAUAUCCAUUGUAUAUACAUGUGUCCCUGAAUGCGCCCCAGUCUGUGUGUCCCCACGUGUCCUCUUGUCUCCUGUGUCCUCAACCAGGUCUCUCAGAUGGCCUCCUCAUGUUCCGCCCCCUGCGGGCGGCCCACCAGUGUUAUUUACGCUCCUGAGCUACGCCUUCACUGCACCUGCAGGCACGCCCUCUGCCAGCGCCCACACUGCCCUGCAGCCCUCACGUGCCCAGACUUACGUCAAUAAAGAGUUUGAGAACUGCA